AUGCCUAUGCUGAAAGAGCCCUGGAAGAAGUACCGCAAGUUCAAACCUCUAGACCUACCAAAUCGACAGUGGCCUUCGAGGACGAACGACAAACCUCCAAGGUGGCUCGCAACGGACCUGCGCGAUGGCAACCAGUCGCUCGUCGAUCCUAUGGACGGCGAACAGAAACUUCGUUUCUUCAAGAUGCUGGUAGAGAUUGGCUACAAGGAGAUUGAAGUUUCGUUCCCCUCUGCGUCGCAGACCGACUUUGACUUCACACGCAGUCUGUUUGAGACACCGGGUGUUGUACCUGACGAUGUAUGGCUACAAGUUCUUUCACCUUGCAGAGAAGAGUUGAUCAAGAGGACUGUGGAGAGCUUGAAGGGUGCAAACAAGGCUAUUUUACAUCUAUACCUCGCUACCUCCGAAUGCUUUCAGAGGAUAGUGUUUGGAAUGACAGAGGAUCAAUCGGUAGAACUGGCCGUCAAGUGUACGAAAUAUGCAAGAUCGAUCACGAAGGACGACCCAAGCACGCAAGGCACACAAUGGCAGUAUGAGUUUUCACCAGAGACAUUCUCAGAUAGCUCACCUGAGUUUGUGGUAAGGAUAUGUGAGGCUGUGAAAGCUGCUUGGGAGCCUACAGAAGACAACCCUAUCAUUUUCAACCUGCCUGCAACAGUCGAGAUGAGCACACCAAACGUGUAUGCCGAUCAAAUCGAAUAUUUUUGCACGAACAUGACGGAACGAAAGAAGUUCUGCGUCUCUGUACAUCCCCACAACGACCGAGGUUGCGCUGUUGCUGCUGCUGAGUUGGCACAGAUGGCUGGCGCUGAAAGAGUUGAAGGCACUCUAUUCGGCAAUGGCGAAAGGACAGGCAACGUGGAUUUGGUUACUCUGGCUUUGAACCUGUACACGCAAGGUGUGUAUCCCGAAGUCGACUUUAGUGAUAUCAACAAGAUCAUCAAAGUGGUUGAAGAGUCGAACAAAAUACCUGUGAAUGAGAGGUGGCCAUACGGUGGACAACUAGUGGUUUGUGCUUUCUCUGGAUCACAUCAAGAUGCUAUCAAGAAAGGCUUCCAGACCCGCAGAAUGGAGGGCAACGACCCAGAACAUCCGUGGCAGAUGCCAUAUCUUCCCCUCGAUCCACAGGAUAUUGGUCGGACUUACGAGGCUGUCAUCCGUGUCAACUCACAGUCUGGCAAGGGUGGAGUUGCUUGGAUUAUCAUGAACUCUCUUGGUCUGGACCUGCCAAGAGGCCUGCAAGUCACUUUCAGCAGGAUCAUUCAGAAGGAGGCCGAUGCGAAAGGCCGCGAACUAUUGCCAAGGGAGAUUGCACAUCUCUUCGAGGAGGCAUACCAUCUCAAGCGCAACCCCAGAUUCACCCUUAUCGACUACAAUAUCACGGCCGUUCGAAGUGACGCUGACAAGACAAGCGUCGGCCAGCCACCUCAGACUGCUAUGCCUGCACAAAAUACGUCCAGCAAUAAACGACAAUUUGCGGGUGUCAUCGCUAUUGACGGUGUACAACACCCUCUUGUCGGUGUUGGUACCGGUGCUAUCUCUUCCCUGGCUAAUGCUCUGCACUCUCUCGGCAUCGACCUUGACGUCGCAGACUACAAGGAACACUCUCUCAGUGCCGGAAAAGACGCCAACAGCGCAGGGAAGGACGUCAAGGCAGCCACAUACAUCGAAUGCAUGGUAAGUGGUAAUCCACAAGAAAAGGUCUGGGGCGUCGGUAUCCACGAAGACGUGGUACAAGCCUCCCUGAUUGCCCUGCUAUCUGCAGCCUCAAGCUUCUUAACCAGCAGAGUGUCGACACCAAAACCGUUCAAGCCAAGACAUAUGCGAGACUUCAGCCAAAGCGAGAUACAUGCCUUGGAGCAGCUGAACCUUCCGGGCAAUCAGAGCCCCUUGAGAGAGAUGAUGACGCCUAAGGCUGAGUUGAAUACCAGUCCGUUGGCUACUGUACGGCCUGGUCAGGUCAACUUUGAGAAGCUUGAGGAGGCUGCGUGGAAGGAGGAAGAGUCGAAUGGGUUGAAAGUGAAUGGGACGCAUUGA